AUGCAGAAUGUGCCAGAAGAGUGGAGGGAAAGACAGGAUGAGAGGACAGAGGAGACGUUAGUGAAGAGGAGAGAGGAUUCAAACAGUAAGGAGAUGAAGGAAGGGACAGGUGGAGAGGAGGUGGAGAAGGAGUCGCUGAUGAUGGAGCUGACGCGACUGGUGCAGAAGACUGUGAAGGAGAGCAGCUGGUGGGAGAGGAGGGGCAUCGACUGCAGCAUCCUGGCAGCGGCGUUCCUCUGUCUACCACCUGGUAAGACUCCACACACUGUGGAUAAGUUCACGCAGCUGCUGGGAUCGUGUGAGGGGUCUGUUUAUCGCUCAGAAAGUCAUAAAUAUUAGUGAAGAGAGGUCAUAAGUUAUCUCAGAGGAGAAAAAUAUGUUGGACCUUUCAGAAAAUACUUCUGUUCUUAGUUGUGGCAAAGCAAAGUUCAUCUGCACCUGGAGAAAAAAGAUGCUUAAGAUGUCGACUCUCCCUGUGCAGAAGCCAAAAUAUUUUUAUUUAUCUGACUUAGUAAAUGUUGACAGAAAAACAGAAAAAAACUUCAGGAUGAAAAGAAUAUUUUACCACAUGGUGAGUACAUCUAGAGUUGAACCAGCAGAUUAUUUUGACAUUUUUUACAUUUCUGUUUCUUUCCAAGAAAAGGAAAGCUAUAAAUUUAUAUCUGCUGCAAUAAAAUUUACUUUAAGUCUUUAUUUUUCAUUGUUGGUUGCUAAUUGAGCAACAAAAAUAUCAAGAAAAGGCUUAUAAACUUUGUGAUAACUUUUUUUUUAAAUAGUUUUUUGACAAUUACAAAUUUGUUAUCGUUACAUUGAGAGCACAGGCAUCACAGCCCACAGUUAACCUCCAUUCCCACAAAGAAACACAAACACAGAUUCAAAAAGAACAUUAAAAAUUUUUUAAAAUGAAAAACAAUGAAAAAAAUGAAAGAAACAAAAGCUGGCUUUCUCAAAAUGUUACUUCUGUUUAGUGUGGUGCUUCUAAAUUUUCGGGACUAUACUUUAAAGCCUUUUUUUCCCAUAAAUGCAAGUUUAAUUGUCUUACGCACUAAAUCGUGUUAUAACCAAGAUACGUUCCCAAAAUAAAUGUUAAAGUGUAAAAUAAGUGUUAAAUAUUCGAUGUUGAUUGGUCAAAACUCAUUUACAACGGCUCUGAACGACACCUGGCAAGAGACGGACAGGUUACGCUCCUCCAGUCAAAUCAAUCCGCGGAAAGUAGUUCUAACCUGCUCGGUAAUGGCGGAAGCGUUGAUUUCUGUUAGCAUGCUAAAUUGUUAUGCUAAACCAGUAUAGAUGUUUAAAUAAUGGUUCUUCUCCCUCAGUCUAGGCAAGAGCAGCACAGCUGGUGAGUACAUGACUGGAAGUUACUCAUAGUUACGAAGAAAACUGCAAAGUUUCGAGCCGAAUGAGGACAAAAUCUCUCCCUUUAAAACGCUAGUAAAUGACCCGUUCACGGUAACCAUCGGUGAAAACGUUCAAAUCAUUUUCAAUAACAACAAAAGAGCGACUUACAAACGUUUGGAGGCAUCUCUUAUUCAAACAAGACUACCUAUUAAACAGUAACACUUUAGCAUGCUAAUGUAUUCACGCCGUUAGCCAAUGGAGACCGACGUCCGCGCAUGGCGGCCAUCUUGCUACGGGACGCUCGCCCACUCCUAACAUUACAGUCUGCGGUGCAGGUAACAUUUAAAUAACUGUAGAUCGAUUAAUUUUAAACCGAUUUUCAAACGGUUUGGUUUAACAAACCUCAGAGUUUUAGUUAUGUUCCUGCAUACUCAAGAAUAAUUUUAACCAUGGAUUUUCAUAAAUAAACAUUAAGCAGAUAGGUAGAGCAAUAGCUAUAGACCUACACACACAAGGCAGUUAUAUUAAAUUAUUUACGGUACAUGUAAAACAUUUAAUCACUCCAUGUUUGUUGUACUAUUAAUAUUUCUAUAAACUGUAAUAACAUAUAACAAUAACAUUCUAUUUUUCAUAACUACCAGUUCACAGUGUAUUAUCCCUGACCUGUCAGACUCCUGCUGACAAACUGUCUUUAACAUUAGUGUCAAUAUUGUUUGCAAACAUUUAAAAUUUCAAUUCAACUGUGUGACAUUCAUAGAUCAUACCAAAAAAGUUUGAGUAACACCCUCCUUAUCAGGGACUUUAAGGUUUUUAUUGGCGGUCCAUCUAAUCAGUUUCUUUAUAAACCCCUGUAGCUGAAUCAUCAACACGUGUUUAAGUCAAAAAUAUCUUUAUCAAUAUCCAGCCAGUGUUUAAAGUAGAUGGGUUGUUUUUGUUCUGGUCCCAGAUUGCCAUCUUGACACUGAUCUUCACAUUGAACAUUUUCCAGUUACCAAGAUAUAAAAUUUCUUCAGCGUUUAAUACCCUAGACGAGUUUUAAACUCUACCUCCACAUCUUUCAACUACUUAAAAAAUUUGGUACAUAAUUAAAAAAAGUAUGGAACCAUUGGUCCAGUCCUAAAUAGUCACUUUUUUGUCUUAAAAGGAUUAAAACCAUCAAAUAUUAUUAUUAUAUCAUUCUCAGUGAAAUUUUGCAGUUGACGGUCAUUUAUUUAUUUUAUUCAUUUUCAAUAAGGCCAAUUUGAAGCCUCCCAUAAAGAUUUCAAUCAUAAGUUAAAAUUCACUCCCCCAAAAGUUUGACUUAUCAAAGAAAAAAACAAAAAUACUGACUUUGCUGCUGCAGAAAUCAUACAAUAUUUGCAUUCAAGAAGCCCGAACCAGUGAAAUUUUGCACGUAUCCUUCCUUUUUUUAUUGCCAUCUAAUCAUUUACCUACACCAAAUCAAUUACAACCAAAUAUUAUCCACUUCCCCUUUAAAAUAAACUCAAAAAGACCCACAUGAAAGCCUCGGUGUGUCUCUCUUUCUCUUGUUUGUGGCGUCUGAACACACUCUAUCAAACAUGUUUACGUUUCUGAAUCACACUCGCAGCUCUUCUUGCUGUGUCACCCCUCAGCCCACUCACUGUUUGUCACAGCGGGGUCACGCUCUCACGGUAUCCCAUGUUUCUCCUCUAACUGGGUCACUGCUGGUCAGCCUCUGACCUCAAUUAGUGCGAGUGUCUUUUGUGCCUCAUGUCACUCGAUCAUUAGAAGUGACAGCUCUGAGCAGCAGCGCAAGACACCUGAGGUCUGAGCUAAAAAUGUUCCUCAGACUCACUGGAGUUUAUAUUUGGUCCUUUAGUCUGAGUUUCUCUUGAAUUGUUCCCUGGCUGUCUGUGAAGAUAAAGGCAUACUCACGUAUUUUUAGCCGAAUCAGGUCCCAGACUUCAGCUGAAGAGGCAUCAGUCACUGAUAUCACAGAUCCUGUGUCGUAUCGACUCAAAAUAGUGCGCCUUGAAAUUGGAGUUGCAGUUUAUUAGCACCGUUUUAUUGAGUUAGGGAACAUGUGAUCCAAACCGCCCUGGAGCCAAAGAAGCUUUUAUACUUGGUGCUUUUACUGCAGGAUUAUUACUGUUACUGUAAUAAGUGCAACCAAACCACCACAGUGAUGCUGCGUGACAUUAAUUAUUCAGUCUGAAGAAGCCAAGGCCACAUUAUCACCCACUGGAGAUCCGCUGACCCAAGCAUAUUGAUGUUUUAAUGAUCGCCUGAUCGAUCUGAGAAAGUGAAGAAGAGAGCAGCGACCCCACAGAUGGGCGUUAUUUGUAUUAGUGCACGGUGAUGUAAUCAUGUAAGGAGCCCCCCGUGUGAUGAACACAGAGCUGCACAGUCACUGCAGAGAAGGGUAGAGUUUAAUUCGUUCACCUGAUCGCCCCUCCUGUGGUCACGGUUGAAAGCCAUCCUUCUGCUCGCACACGUAACAGACACAACAGGACACAUCAUGCUUUUAUCUACACAGUGAUGUUACUGUGGGUCAGUGAGUCUGUGGAGCCCACUCUUUGGCCCACAGUCAAAUACCUCCACCUCUGCUGGGUGGAUUUAUAGAGCGGUGAAGUGACCAUUUAUGGACGAUGGAAAGACGAUCUCAGAGCGAGCCCCGGAGUCUUUACAGUUUCAAGACUUUCCCACAAAAACUUUAACUAUAAACAUGUUUAUCAUUUUAUUUUCAGUUGAAGUCAUAGACGCACUCUCUCAGUCUGUGAAAAACAUAGACUGUAUAUACUAUUCAGGGUUUGACACUAACUUUUCUUACAAGGAGCACACAAAGAACUGUUUAGUAGCACAAUGAAAUUUGAUCAAAUAAUGUUUGUCAUUUUGGUCGACAUAAAUACUGUUAUUUGAAAUCAAUUUUUGGUCUUUUGGUCACAUGACAGUGAAGCUAUUGAAGAAAACAGCCUUUUCUGAGAACAUCAACCGGUAAUUUAUUGACGGUCCCUUAUUCAACACCGACGUUGACAGCGAGGGUGUCGAGUAGAUUUAACCGCGCUGCUGUUGUUAUUCCCGGUUAUGGAGAGUGAGGAGACACCGGUAGAUCCUCAGAGAAUGUCCGUCAGAUAUCCAACCUGAAACUAACUUCACCGCCGUAUUUACAGGAAAAACAUUUGUUGCCUCGGACGAUUUUUCCUGACUCUCAGGAGACUAGGCUGAACCCCAUAAUAACUUUUGAAAAUAGAUAAAAAUUUAUAUUCUGUGUAAUUAAUUUCUUAAGUUUGUCCACAGCUCCAAAGGGGUUGCUGGCGGAGGCGGGAUUUAUGACCUAUACUGCAACCCGUCACCAGAGGGUGCUGUUCUCGGAGUGGCUUCACCCAGCGAGGAAGCAGACGCAAAACUCGCCAAUGAUCCCUCCCUCUAAAUUUGUCCUGGGAAACAAUUUUAGCAGCUGUUUUAAUCGGAGGAAUGUAACAGGCUGAAUCCGAAAACAUUUACACCUUAAACUUUUCGUACAGUAACAUUACUGCGUUUACUGAGGUCAAAGGUGCGUGGAUAGGCCAGGUCACAAUGAGAGCGCCCUCUGCUGGAUCACAAUGGGCUACUGAUGCGCUGGUAUACAGUUUUAUUAUGGGUUUAAACGACUCAUUACAGUUGGAAUAUGAACUUCUCCUCAGAGUUACACCAGAUAAGAAGCUCUAGAGCUCGAAAUGUCAAAGUUAUGUAAACACUGAGUGUGUGUAAGCUCAUGUUUCCUCACCGCCGUAUCUUUAUUGAGUUUAGAUUAAGGUGUGUGUGUGUGUGUGUGUGUGUGUGUGUGUGUGUGUGUGUGUGCGCACGUGCUCUCUGUCUCACAGCCUUCCUGCUGCUGGGCUCCUCUCAGCUCCUCUACUUCUCGGCCGGCAUGCUGCUGAUGGGCGUCGCUCACGCCGUCAUCACCAUCAAAGGGACACAUAUGGCCAGCCACGGGGCGCUGAGCGAGUCGCAGGCCUGGGGCAAGUUCUGGGCCGUCUUCUUCAUCGAGGUGAAACAUUUACUGAUCAGUUCUGCUUCAGUGUGCUUAAAAUUCUGCUGGAGGACGGAGAAAAGAAGUAAAUUGUUUCUGUUUCUGUUGUCUUAACGUAGUAUCAGAAAGAGCAGUGUGAACGUUAGCGGCCUUUAACCCUGAGGAUGACCUCUGUGUGAUGACCUGCUCGCCUGAUAACCGUCAUGUGCUGUUACGCGUGCUGCAUCAGUUUCUGCGUCUUCGUAAACACCCUGCUGUGUCCUUGUGUUUGUCUGCUCAGAUCUGCGGCUCCUUCUCGGCGCGGGCCGGCGUUCAGGGUCACAUUAAGAUGCAUCACGCUCACACUAAUGUCAUCGGACUGGGCGACUCCAGCGUGUGGAAGGUCCCCUUCCUGCCUCGCACCAUCUACCUGUUUAUAGCCCCCCUGUUCGUUCCGAUCAUCACUCCGCUGGUGGCGCUCGGUAAAAGACUUGAUCAUCAGCGCAAACAUGACCUCCUGAUCCUCACCUCUUCUCUCUCAUUGAUAUGUGAUUCUUUGGUCUUCAGGUCACAUCAGAGAACACUCUCCGGCCCUCAUCCUCAGGACCGUCCUGAUGGUGUCUCUGGGUCUGUACUCGCAGUACUGGCUGCUGAUCCACAUCUCUGGGUUCCAGUCGCCUCUCGGCACUCUGCUCUGCAUGCUGGUCUGCAGAGCCAUGUUCUCGGUGCCGUACAUCCAUGUCAACAUUUUCCAGGUGAGAACUUCUCUGGGGUCUGCGUCUCGAAGCGACACAUCUGUUUAGAUUUGGUUCACUCUGGCUCCUCUCACAGAUCUGAGGAAUUUCAUGUCGGCGUCUUUUCAUGUCACAUUCAUAAUGAGAAGUCGUGGUUGGGUGCAGCUCUGUGUUCUCAUAGAUCAGACCAGCGAGUGAGCUAAAGGGAUCAACUGGAACCAUUCAGGCCUGGUUUCCCGUGCUGGAGUCUGACUGUCCGGCAGGUCAUUGUGCAUUGUUCUGAUCAAAGAGUGAGAAGGUGGAUUAAAAACCCGGUUCAUGAGGUGAAGUGGAGGGUCUGACAGAGUGAGAUGUUUGUUCUCUGUGGGGGGUCAGACAUGUAAACCGCCCGUUGUUCUUGGCUAUUAAACAACAUUUUUUUCCCCUGAACUCAGCGAGCUGUUGUACCUCCAACCGCGGAUGGUAACGUUGUGCAGUAUUAGCUGUUUUUAACUCGUUUAUUCAGUGAUAAAAACAUGUUGGAGACUUUCUGUUCGACUUUGAUUGGUUGUUGUUUUGGUCCAUUAAUGCAGAAUUUGGAAAGACAAGAUCUGAGGGGCAAGAGGGGAGCGGAUCAGCUGUUAAAGGGGUUUAAAGGAUGUAAAAUCAAGUUAAGGUCAAAACACUGUAACACUGAGUUAGACACCCCGUCGAGAGAUGAAUGUUGCCGACCGCUUUCUUCUCUAGUUAAACCAACUUUAGUAACGACUAGCCACCAAACAUCUUUUUAACUUUGACUCAUUUCUUUAGCAAAAAGACUAAACACAACUCACCUACUCUCUUCCAGCAGCCGCUUGUUUGUAGUGAGACCUCAGGCCAGUCCAUUACAGACUAUAGCGGGGUGCUGCAGCUCAAGGAAGAACAUUUAUGAUCAUUUCUUUAUCAUUUCCUUGAAGUAAUAAUCACCGUAUUAAUCAUUUUGCAGACGUGGUAGUUCUUCUGCCUUAGUGUUUCGGUCUGAUUGUAUUUCCAUGAAGAAAUGAUCAUAAAUGUUCUUCCUUGAGCUGCGAAACUCCACUGCUCUCGCUGAUCGACUCAUCAGAAUAUCUGUCGGAAUAUCCCUUUAAGUUUCUCCCAAAUCUUUAAACCUUUUCUACAUCUUCUACUCCACAAACCUGCAGACGGACCUUUACAACACUUGGUACCUCUGGAUCUGAUAUUUUAGGCUUUAAUGAAUUAUCAAGAUCUUAUCGACGCACACCGACCUUUCUUUAAAUCCACAUUACAUGAAAACACGAGACCUUGUUUUCUGCUGUUUUCAGUUUCUCUGAGUGUCUUAAAGUUUGAAAAGACUUUUUAGCUAAACGUUCAAAGUAAGAGUCCAGACACCCACAUUACCCUCGAGGCUCAGUCACACAGCCGAGCAUUAGUUCUGAUUAAGUUCUGACAGCCCGUCAUCAUGAUCGGCUGUUCUGUGGUCAGUAAACGGUAAAAACCUUUCGAUCAGGGUGUCAUAUUUGCUCCCUAAGAUCCAUUAGAUUUCCACCGUUUCACCACAAAUCCAUGAAGUAAUCAGCUGAUAUUUACUCUUGACUUCAGGAACCCGCUUGAUUGAGAAGAUCUCGCCACGGCGUGCACUCAGCGGCUUCAGCGUCCUCCUGGGAUGAAGCUGCUGAGUGCACGCUGUGGCGAGUCUGUCUGUGAGUCUGUCCGCGCGCACUUUUAAAACCCUCCGUGUUAUCUGCAGCACAUCGGCCUCCCCAUGUUCUCCCCCACCCGCCGACCUAAGAGGGUCUACCAGAUGACACACGGGGUCCUGAACCUGCCCAGGAACUUGCUGCUGGACUGGAUCUUUGGACACUCGCUUAUCAACUGCCACGUGGAGCACCAUCUCUUUCCCUUCCUGUCUGAUAACAUGUGUUUGAAGGUAAGAAGGAUCCGGAGCCAAAUCAAUGCUCUUAUCAGUCAUUAAUCUCUUGGUGUUCAGCCAGGUGGACCUGAUGGAUGGCAGAUCUGUCCGUCGGUUGUUUUGGCGAAGGAGAGGAUUGAUUCAGGUGGUGACAGAGUUCACAGUCAGGGACAAACACAAAACCACUUUGACUAUGAAAGUUAUAAGAAACUUCAAAAUGUGUUAAAUUCUGUUUCUGGUGAGACUCUGGGAGAUAUUAAGUCACAUCGACUUAAUUAAAUUUAAAGUUUUCCUUUAAAUUUAAAAAAAUCCCCCAAAAUUACAGUUGAAGAUCGCAGCUUAAAUUGAACGCCGAGGCUACUCCGUUCAUUUUCGCAGGUUUUCAAAUCUGUUUUCUGAUUCAUAAAUAAUCAGGUGCAAAUAUGACCUGACCCCUAAAAACAUUCUAACAAAAGGAUUUCUACUGUUCUUUUUAUAGUAUUAGAUGUCCUCAAUAACAAACUAAAAGUUUAACAAAGUUUGACAGGUACAUAGGGUACAAUUUUGAACAAACAGAUAUCACCAUGAAACUUCCCAAGUUUAUAACUUAUGUUAAGACAAACAUUUUUUAUAUUACAAGUUUUAUCAAAUGUUAUGUUUGAAUAUGUAAAUGAGGAAAUAACUAAUUAAAUAUGCACUAAUUUGCAUAAUUUUCCAGAGCAGAACAAUGGAUAAAGUUCCUUUAAAAAUUCUUUUAUUUUGUUGACAUACUAGAGUCAGAAGCGGGGAGGAGGGGACUCUGUAUAUCUCUUUAUACCGCUCUGUACAUGAUAAAAUACUCUCAACACCCCGAAAAACUCAAAUAUCUCCAUGCGACGCUGCCCGUGAGGAACUAGUUGUACUUGUAAUCACUUAUCAAUCAAACAAAUAUACCAGUGAAGAAGAUAACAUGGUCAAAACAUGUGUCAGGCGCCAGUAUUCCUGGUCUAGAAUGAAUACAAAGGAGUGAUGGUCAUUUUAAGGACCUGAAAAAAAAACACAUGAAGAUAUUUGAGUUUUUCGGGGUGUUGAGAGUAUUUUAUCAUUUACAGAGUGAUAAACAGAGAUAUCCAAAGUCCCCUCCUGACUCCUCCUCUGACUCUAGUAUGUCAACAAAAUAAAAUGAGAAUUUUAAAAGAGGCUUCAUCCAUUGGUCAGUUUUUAGUUCUGUAAAUGUCUGUAAAUUAGUGCAUAUUUAAUUAGUUAUUUCCUCAUUUACAUAUUCAAACAUAACAUUUGAAAAAACUUGUAAUAUAAAAAAUAUUUGUCUUAAUGUAAGUUAUAAACUUGGGAAGCUUCAUGGUGAUAUCUGUUAGUUAAGAAUUGUACCCUAUUUACCUGGGGUGUCAAGACAUCUAAUACUAUAAAAAAACAGCUGAGAAACCUUUUGUUAGAAUUUUUUUAAGGUUAGGUUUUUUUUUUCAUAUAUGCAGCCGCCUAAAACCUGAAAACUCCCCGUGUGUCUGCGCAGGUGAAGCCGGUCGUGUCCAAGUAUCUGACUGAGAAGAAGCUUCCGUAUCAGGAGGACAGCUACCUCUCCCGACUGCACCUUUUCUUCAACAAGUACCAGGAGCUGAUGGUGUUUGCUCCGCCCAUCACAGAGCUGGUGGGCGUGCAGUGA